GAGGAGGAGGAGGAGGAGGAGGAGGCGGCUCAGUCUUGUUUUCCACACACCUGAGCAGCUUGUUAACUGUAAUCAGAUCUACUUGGGAAAGUGAAUGAGGUGAGUCUCCUCAGGGUGUGUUUGUGUGUGUGUAAGUGUGGGUGGGUGGGGGAAAAAAUGUAGAGCAGGGGUUCUCUUUUUUCCAUCAUCGCCCUCGUGUUGACCUGAUUUUCUCACCGUUUUUGCAUGAGCACAAAAUGAACCCCUUUGAUAGUAUAUUCUUUUAAAUCCCCUUUUAGCUGAUUUCUAGUAUUACAGAGUCAAAGUGUGAGAACAUCACUGACAGGUGAAGCUUUAUUUCUCUACCUUAACAGAACCAUUGAGGUACAAAGAGGACGAAUGCCUGAUUUGAAUACCCAUUUCCACCUGGAGCUUGUCAGGGCAGUUUACAUUAGGACAACAGUGUGUGUAUUUUACUGUGAGGUGUGUGGAUCGAUGUAAAGGGAAAUGUCACCUCCUUUGAACAAGUCAUUUGUCAUAUUAAACCAGCCCUGAUAUGGAGUGUGUCCAUGCGUAACCUUUGCGCCAAGGCGUCUCUGCCCGUGUUUAUACAUCAAUAAUACAUGCUCAAGUGCAAGAACUGAGUAGGUCAGCAAACGUUAGGCAAAUAGGAGAUAACUUUGUGUCUGAAAACCAUAAAAUAGGUAAUUAACAUUUUGGACUUGAGUUGAGUUUUAGGUGUGUUAAAGUUACGUAUUUUUCGUUUUACCUCUUUAUUUUUGACCAAGUUUGUCAACCUUUAAGUCAAACUUCACUUCAGCUGCAGUCAACUCGCUGGAGUUAUAUAUUAUAAUAACAAUAAUAACUUUAUUUUUAUAGCACUUUUAAAAACAGAGGUUUACGAAGUGCUUUGACAAACAGUCGUAAAGCAUCAGCACAUGGAAAUGAAAACAACCGAAUUGAAGGCCAAUUUCUUUUGUCAUAAGAAACCCAGACAAUACACGAACCCUACAACAUAAAAUGAGACCAAGAGGACCAAAAUAAAAACUUAAAAUAGGUAAGAAGAAGAAAUUCAAUUUAAAAAAAGGGGGGUAGAAAACAGGAAACAGGAUAUUAAAUAUAAAAAGACAAUAUUCAUAAUAAUAAAAUAAUUAAAUGGUUAUAUUAAUGACAAAAUGGAGUAAGAUAAAUGAGCAGAUAAAAUAAAAUAAAAAUAAAAAAAGAAUAAGGAGAACUUUAUUGAUCCCCGAAGGGAAAUCCAAUUGUCUGUUGUCUCACGUAAUACGUCUAUAAAAGUUAUCUGUUUACACAAGAGUUAUAAAGUCUGAUGGCUGUUGGUACAAAAGUUCCUCUGAAUCUUUCUGUCCUGCAGCGAACAGAGAGGAGCCGUCCACCACCAUUGGCCCUUUGGUCCAUCAAGGUGUUGUGAAGUGGGUGAUCCAUGUUCUUGAGAAAAGUCUCCACCUUCCUCAGUGUAGAUCUCUCCACCACAUCCUCCCCUGAGUCCAGCUUGAGCCCUACCACAGAGCCAGGCCUAAAAGGUUAAAUAAGAAAAGAUUGUAAGUAAAACAAAGGCUAAAAGGACAGUAAGUCUAAAUAAGAUAGAGGUUUAAAAAAAGAGAAAAGAAAAAAGAUUUAUUGAUAUUGAUAUUGACGGAUUCAUCACACCUAACCUCAGAUAGUUUAGUUAAAAGAACAGACCAUAGACAUGUCUGAUGAGGAUACAUUCACUUGUAACCACAAUCCUUAAUAACAUCAGUCUCUCAGAUGUUUUAGGGAAUACGAAUCGUCCUAAAAUAUCUCUACAUCCUUAUGAUCCUAUAAAACAAGCAAACCAAGUAGGCUGUUUCCAUCAUUAAUGCAGGCCAGUUGAAAGGUUUAGCUCAUGAUUUCAUUUGUAUCUCUAAAUCUCGGUCAGAUGGAGCAUAUAUCUGGGCUGCAGUGGAGGAUCAUACCAGGUUGCUGUCUCUGCUUGUUUUUCUGCUGCUGGUGCGGCUGCUGCUGUCUACGUCAGAGGCGGCGCUGCGGCGCAGUGUCGGGCUGCAGCAGCACGAUGGUGGUGCGACGGAUGCGCACAAGGAUGCGACAAAGUUUCAAGAUGCUACCGCACUAAGAAGCAGAGUUUACAUGGCUGAAACAGACGUGCAAAUAAGUCCUUCUUUGCUGGCGCUAAGACGGCAGUUCGCUUCAGGCUGCGUUCACACAGGUCGUUCAAGUCCUCGGUCUGUGCACCUGCAUGAUCUGUGAGCCAGGUGAGGGUAAGCAUGAGUAGUGGGUGUGGCGUCGUUCACACAGUCUGUAUGACCUACUACAUAUAGGCCAGUGGCGAACAAGCGAGGCAGCUUUUUUUUUUCGUUUACACAAAGCGGCGGAGCUGCAAAGCGACGCGGGCUGCUGCCUCCAGCUCGUCCUGCUGUUCUCUUCAUCAUUAGUUUCAUCCUGAGGAUCAGAAGGCGCCUACUGAGGUGAGUCAAUCCUAAAUCCGCUUCUACAAAAUUUUAAUCUGAUACAACUCCUCUAAUACUUAUGUUUACAAUAGGAAUAAACUCAGGAGUGAUGUUAAAGUGUAUGAUCUCUAUGUGUAGAUGGUGUUACAGUGAAUGUUUGCGUAAAUUAUGUGCCAUGCGUUUAACAUGUACUUACAACAAGAUCAUCUGAGUCGGAAAACAUCCCUAUUGUAAAUUGAAGCUUAUCAUUACUGCUAAAAAAAAGUACACAGAUCACUAUGAUUCUGUUCGUUUAUUUACAUUGAUCAGGUGAAUUUUUGGUGCGUCCUUUCAAAUGCUGUCCAUGUUGGAAAAAUGACUGUUUUCCUACUCUCUCCAAAGUAAAUUCUAGAAGCCAGGCUGAGACACCUGUACCUGAAGCGCACCUGCUAGCCCCGCCCUCUACCUCUGUAGCAGGACCUGUUCCUGCCUGCAGCUAUGUAAACCCCACCACGAAUAAACACACAGCUUUUUUUUCUUAUCAGAUUUGGAAAACUAUAAACACCAUAACCCAUAUAAAGAAAACUUUGAAACGAAGUUUGUCAUCACUGUGUAUUUGUUGGUGUAUGUUUUCCUUGUGCUGCUUUGGAAAACCAAUGCUCAUUACCGUCCUCACAGACAUCACAAACAAUUGUAUGUAUGGGUGUCCCCAUGUGUGGCAACGCAUGUGUUGCAAGUAUGGGAAUACAUAUGCCAGGAAACUAGGGGACUUCUAUAUGUUUGGAUUCAUUUAUCUACCUACACGAUCAAUCCCCAUAAGACCCUGAGACCUGCCUGAUUGCACCCCAGGGCUCUGCUGUGGAUUGGAGGGGCUUUGGGGAGUACCCCUUAGUAGCUUUCACAACUCCUAAUUAAUAAACACAUAGCAACAAGGACUAUUUUUUAAAUUUAAUGACUAUUUUCCACUGUGGUUGUUAUUAGAUUAAUGAUAAAUACAAGUUGAGCAAUUCAUGAUUAAAUUAUGAAUACUGUGUCAACUUUAGACAACAAUAAAAAGUAAAAAGUAAUAAAGGAAUAACUUAAAAGAAAAGACAGGUAAUUCAUAGACAUAAACUUUGAAAUGGUAGAAUAAUGCAUGGCUUAAUAAAACACACAAAUAAGCUGAUAGAGUUGCCCAAAAUAGAGUAAGACUGUCAAAAGCAUGACUAAGAAAGUUGUUUUUCUCAUGAAUAAUAAAUGAUCCUUGAUAUCUAUUGAACAAAACAAAAACUGAAUUUUAAAUAGCAAGGACAAAAUCUUGAGAUGAGAGAUUUUAUUAUGAUGAUACCAAAUAUAAAAUGCUUGAGCACAGAAAAUGAUACACUGGUGUCUUCAGAUUGACAGUAUUUCUUCUUACCUCUGUACAUCAUAGAGUUAUUUAUUUAUAUUUUUGUAUGCAGUGCUUUUGUGCUUUUCUGUGAAUACUCUUAACCUGAUGUCAAAAAUGAGUGGUAUCACCUCCAUUUCAAAUCAUGAUCUUCCACUUUAUCCAGCAGCUGAUCUGAUGAGUGUUCUAGGGCAGCCAGCUGACUGAGAGAAGUGAGAGAUGGUGCUGGUGCAGUGGAGACUUUCCAUUCUUUGACAAAAGUUUGGGCCUCAGGCACCAUUAAGAGCUCUCACAGUUAAGUUAAAAGCAAAUCUGAUAAGUAUGCUGGAGUGAUACCAUUAGAAGCUUUAUAAACCAAUAAAGAACUCUGAAAAUCAAUUCUCAAACAUACCGGUAGCUCAUAUAGAGACUCUUAAACCAUUGGGAUGUGGGCCAGGGAUUGCCAUGGCCACCCUGAACUCAUGUUGGCCACCUCUCAAUCCUAAACCCUAGCUGACCUCUGGCUUAGUUAGGGGCAGUACGUACAAUUUAUGAAAAUCAAUUAUUACUCUACAUGUUCACUUUGGACAAACAUCUAUUUUUUGUGUCCCUAGAGAAGUUUAGUACACUUUAAUGCUGCUUUUCUACAUUUUUUUUAAUCAUUGCUUGGUUAUUCUUUUAUAUCAGAGUUAGAAUAGAUGUGAUUUGAGGUUUGGGAUAAGUCCUGAUGGUUUACCACACCAUAAACUUACUCUGUUGAACAUCUCUAAAGUCAUAACUCUCUUUAUAGUAAUUUGAAAACUUUAUUUACUUUGAUAUGUAAAAUUUUGCAUAAAAUAUAUAAAAAAAAAAAAACAUGAAAAAUGUAUCAUACUGUUAAAUUACACAAUAAAGUAGUACAGUCUAGCUUCCCCUUGAUAACUGUGAUAAAUUCACUGUAAAAUGAUAACCCAGAUAUAUGAAACACUCUGGCAGAGGCUAUUCUUCUCAGAUCCUCAAAAUCCUCUGCUAUACUUCCUUAUCUGUUUGUUCUCCUCUUUAGAUAUCUCUCUUUUAUCUCUCACAACUCUCUGCCUCGAUUUUCUUUCAGUCCAGCGUGCACAAUGAACUUCAAGAACUUCAGGGAGUACCUGGCUUGGCUCUACUACCAGUACCUGCUCAUCACAGGUAUCUACGUCCUGGAGCCCUGGGAAAAAUCAAUCUUCAACUCCAUCCUCUUCUCAGCCAUUGCCAUGGUAAUCUACACCUCAUAUGUCUUUGUGCCCAUCCAUGUGCGCCUCGCACUGGAGUUUUUCUCGGGGAUCUUUGGUGGCCAGCCUGAGAGCACCAUGGCACUCAUGAACUAAAAGGAGGAGGAAAAAUGAAGAAGGAGGAGGCUAUGACUGGGGUUUGGAUUUUUAGCAUGAAUCCCCAAAUCAUUUCCUGUAACUCUGCUCCUGGAGUGUGAUUCUCUUUCAAGACUGAAAACACGAAGAUCUUAAUGGAAUAAUCUGGAAAUCAGAGCCUUACCAUCUUCUUUACAUCCCAAACCCUCUGGCCUUACCCCAUGGUAUUAGAUACAUGACUGCGCUUUAUUUUCACCAGCAUGCUGUGAAACAUCUUGUAAAAUAUUGUUUGUCCUUUUUUUCCCCUAACACAUGUCCUGUACGAAUGCAUCCCACCCUCGGGUUUUUGCAUGAUGGGGCCAUGAGUGGGUAGCUCAGAAAUUUGCAUGUUCGUCUCACAACAAAACAUGAACAGAUUUGUUUUUUUUUUCUGGAGAGAUGCAAAACUAUAGUUCCUUUUUUUGUAAGGGCCUACUAUAAGUUUGGUUUGUUGUUUCCAUGACAUUAGCUGACUGUUUGUAUGUAACCUAAGCUGGAGAUAAGAGAUGAUCUGGCCUUAACUCCCAAAAUAACUCUUUUAAAACACAAAUAAUUUUGAGUUCAGCUCAAAAGUUUAUCAGAAAGACCCUCUCUGUGUGUUUCAUAUCCACAUCUCUUAACACCAUAAGUCUAUGAUACAGCUUCCCAACAAAAAUAUACAUUCUCCGAACCCAUGCUCAAGUAUCACUUAGAUAUUAUUGGAUUUAUUGAGAUUUCCAGAACUGGCUGUGUCAGAAUUUACUUUUAUUAAACCUACUGUGUAGUCUUUAUGUUAUUUAUUAUGGACUAGUCUUGACCAUAUUUAGCCUUUGGACCAUUUCAACUGAAUAAAAGUACUGGUUUUUUUUGGUAUGAACACUCCUCCUGCUACUAGUCCUCUCUUUUCACAGAUGUGGAAACCACAGUGUAUGAAUCAUGUAGUGGCAAUGGUCUAAGGUCUCAUUUACUCUCCAUAAAGUGAACUCUAGAGUGUUUACUUCAAGAGGGAUAAAGUGAAUAAUUUCUGACACAGCCUAGGAUAAGACCCCCUCAAAGCUUCAUCAAAGGAACAUUGUGAUCAAAAUUAAUGAAAUGUCCCUUUAAGUAUUAGUUUUUUUAUAGUUAUGGUAGCACCAUAUCAUCCCUCAUUUCAAAUUGCUCUCUGAUCAAACUCAAGUUAAGCCUCUUUCCAACAUUUGUGUCAAGCACUUAGCACAUCAGGUGGAUCUUUGGUUUAGUAUCACCACUUUUAUGCACUGUAACACUAACAGUCAGGUAACUGUGCAGAUUUCAAACCACCGUAUAGCCGAACUGAUCCCAGAAAUGCCCAAGCUAUGCAAAGAAUUUCUCGAAAGUCACGACCGUGGAUCUGUUAUGCAUUAGUUAAGUGUUUGUCCUAGGCUCUCAUGUACAGAUUUACUGAUCAAAGUGAGUAUUAAAAGUAAUAAGUGUGUGUAGAGGCCCUCUCUUUAUCCCUUGUUUUGAACUGUUGGUAUGUCAGGAAGGUGUGCUCUGCACUAAGCAUGAGCAAAUAUUGAUACAACUCACCUUUGUGUUUUAGACUUGCCUUUGUUAAUGAUGCAGCUUUGCUUAACCAACAACAUUUGGGUUGAAGCUGGGAAAAGCUAGACGCAAAAAAAAAAAAAAAAAGCUGCAGUCUGAUUGUUUGUGUCUAAACCAACACUGUCCUCUUUAGCUGCAGCUGAUCUGCAGACAAAGAACCAGAGAGACGAGUCGAAGUGUAUCAGGUGGUUGUUAUGAGCAUUGCUUUUUGUGUGUACGUUGUUAUAGAUCAUCUUUGUUUGUGCUUUAGGUCAAGGGCUCGCUGAUCACAGUCCAAGCAUGAUCCUCAAGUUAGCUUUAUUUAUAUGGAAUUAUAUAUUUAUACACAUUGGUAAAUGCUUGGCUGGUUACAAUGUCAGUUACCAAACCUUUUUGGAUUAUUUACUGUAUACCUGUGUUCUCUUGUGGCCAUAAAUGAAACAGCAUUUUAUUAAGUUCUCUACCUUGUCUUUUCAACCUGAAAUUGCUUUUGUACUGUUCCCAUUUCACUAUGUCAUUACAUUUCACAUUUAUCCAACACACGCCUAUCAUAGCCUCAGACAUUUCCUGUACCAAGAAUAAGGAACGUGUUUUUUUCACCCAAAUGAAAGUUAAAUUUCUACUUACAAGCACCACAUGAUUGCAAUAUUCUGAAAAUAAACACAUCUAAAACACACAUACUGUUCUUCUUGUCAUCCUAGCAGUGCUUUUGGUUUAAGUUUUCUAUGCGUACAGUUUUUUAGACAUGUUGCUCUAUUCAUGAAGCCUUUUAAGUCUUGUGUGCUUUCAGUCUUACAGGCCUUUGAAAUACAGUAAAAGCCCAAAGGCUUAUUGGUUGCGCAUUCCUGACACAAUUAACUGUACCACAUGAAGUGAAUUCACACAAUAUAAGGGCAGAGCUGCCAAACCAGUUCUCCCUUGACAGUGCAGGAAUGAAUGCCCAGGGGGCUUGGCCUUUCCUGCAGACACUUGGUAACCUGUCUGUGCCCACAAAGCAUCCUGUACAUCCACCAUCUUUGCCUGAACAGACACAACUAAUAUCCACAUAAAAGAUGACAUUAAAAUGACCCUGUUGGGGAAAUAUGGUGUAAUAAAUGAUGCAGCAUUAAAAUUUGAACUGCACAUGCAAGUUUCCUGCAAUAUUUCAGUUCAAACACUGACGGAUGGGGAAGUAGGAAGUUGUUUUGGAUUUUACUUUAAUCCCAGCGCAGAGACUGGGCAGGUAACUACAUUUAAGACAUGGAAGUGGACACCUCCCACUCCCGGUGGAACAUAAUAUCUGCUCUUCCUCUGUUUUUGACAGAUACAUUCAGCUCAUCUCUGAACAAAACUGAGGGCCCCUUUUCUCUUCUUCCUCUUCUUUUCUUAUCUCUCCUUGCUUCUUUGUUCCUCUCUUUUCUUUUUAUCUCUGCAUCUUUUCUUUUCCUAUCCUCUAUACUCUGAUCUUUUCUUUCACCUCACUUUCUCUCCUCUUCCUAUCUAUACAUUCCUUUCCCUCCUAAUCUUGCCUUUCUUCCUUUCCUUUUUGAGCAUUAUUAUUUUCCUCUUUUUCCUCUCUCUCACCUAUUCUUAUAAUGUACCUCAAAUCACGUUCUUUACCUCUUUUUCCACAUGUAUUCAUUGUAUAUCUCUGUCUUGCACCCUCCCUUCCAUUUCUUUCUCACCUUUUCUUUUCCUUAAUUUAUAUCUUUACACUUCUAUCUCUGUCUUUCCUCUCUUUUUCUCUAACUUACCUUAUACCUCACUGUCUUUCCUCUCCUUUAUUUCCUCCUUUCCUUCUUGAGGAUGUUUCCUUUUCCACCCUCUUCUCUGUUCCCAGCCUUUCAGUAACCUCACCCCCACCUCUCCACUUACAGAGAGCCAAAUACUACGUUUUUCAAUGUUUUCCGACACAUAAAGGUUGUUUUAGGGUCUACAUCGGGGUCUUUGAAACAUCACCUUUUGUUUACACACCACAUGUUAAUUUGCAUCCUAUGAAGGAAGAGGUCAAAGGUUAUCUCUGCAAUAACAAGGUGUCAACAAACCUACCUGCCGACUCCCACAACACCCAGCGCAGCAGUGUUUUGUUUCUGCUGUGUUUACAUGUGUCCUGUGACUGCUUCUUUCACAUAAAACCGCGGGGACUCCUGGCAACAGUCGGCUCAGCACUUACACACAGGUACACACAGGUUACACAACACAUAGAAAAAAUACACAACACGUGUGCAAAAACAACACUCCCACUGCAGGCAGGUCUCAGUUUACAAGGAAACCCCAGAAAACGUUCAAACAUUAAUAACGCUGCCAGCAUUCAAUAGGUCCCCUCAGUUUGGCUCAAGUCUCACACACAUAGAGACACACACUAAACACUCACACAAAGACCUGAACCUCUACUACUUGACAGCCUAUGGCUAUAAACAAUAGCUAUGAGCCAUUGUUCAGCCCCCCUUCAGGUGUAAGUCCAUACACUGAAAGUCUCCAGGGUAACCGCCUUAGACGACCGUUAAGCCACGAUAAUUGACUGACAACAUACGACAUUACAGCUUUUGUGUGACCUUCUGGUUUCAGUUUACACAAAUUCAUAUUUUUGUUUAUCCAAAGGUGGGUGUAACCUAUUCAAACUCUAAACUUGAGUGUGAUCCCAUUAAAUAACACACAGGUGUUUCUCUGAGUUACUGUAACAAGUUUAAAGGGUUACUGUAACAGGAAAGGCUAGCUGUUUGAUCCCAGUUACCUCAGUUUACAUGAAGCACAAGACACUGGACCCCAGACUUGCUCCCUUAAAGGGAUAUUCCGGCGUAAAAUUAAUUAAUUCUUCAUGGAAAUGCAAUCAGACUGAGACGCUACGGCAGAAGAACUACCAUGUCUGCAGUGCAAAAUGAUUAAUAUGGUGAUUAUUACUUCAAGGAAAUGAUAAAGAAAUUAUCAUAAAUGUUCUUCCUUGAGCUGCGUCACCCCACUGUAGUCCGUAAUGGACUGGCCCGAGAUCUCGCUACAAACUAGCGGCUGCUGGAAGAGAGUAGGUGAGUUGUGUUUAGUCUCUUUGCUAAAGAAAUCAGGCAAAGUUAAAAAGAUGUUUGGUGGCUAGUGCUGUAGCUGGAACCCUAUAUGUACUGUUGAUGAAGUUAGGUGCUGUUCUGAGCAUGAAUUUACCCCUUUUUAUACACACAAAAAACUGAACAAUGCAUCCACUCUGAAAACUUGAAAAUGUGACUCCAAACUGUUCAAGUCUAAGCCAAACUCUACUCAAAUAUUGUUAAGAUUGAGGCCUUUAAAAACAUCUGAACAUUUCCAGUUGGGAAAGCGGAGUAGUCUGAUGUGAUGCCAAAAAGCCCUGGUUGUGCCCACAUUAAAAUCAGUAUGUUUCAAAGGUAUCAGAUGAAUUUUACAUUGAUUUCGACAUCAGCUCAUGUGACCAACAAUAAUGAUUGUUUAACAGCGUGACUCAGGCUUGUGUUUGUGAAACCACAUAAAAUCUGAAACAACCAGGUGGUUUGUGAGUCACUUCUCUUGAACCCUUUUAACUUCUUUUGUACUGCUGGGAGUGUUAGCCUCUCCCUGUGUUUGUGAGUGUACCUGUGUUUAAUAUUACAGAGUAUUUUGGGGGUGGCUGGGUCAAAGAUUGAUCAAAUACUGGCAAAUGAUUUGUUGAUAUAAAAGCUAUUCAUGAGAAAAUAUCCCAGGUAGUCACAUGAUUUCAAAAUAAUCACAUCAACAACAAACAUCAGGCUGUAUCACCAGGACUAAAGAUGAAUUAUCUAACGUCCCCCUGAAUGUUAAUCCAAGAUUUAUUUCUGAUCUCUGUGCAAAAUUUGUGCUGUGGCAUUUCUAACGUUUUGUGCAUUUAUUCUGUCUUUGUAGAUCAAAGGCGAGGGAGGGUUUCACCUGGUGACCCCACUCCCAGCUUCACAAGGUAUCUGAGUCAGGAAUCAGUCAAUAUGAGUGUAGGAGUGGUCUGUCCUAGGCGCAGAAAAGCACAAAACCACAGCUGCACCCAAAGCCUGACAUGGUCAGUGAGGUUUUCCAACAAAUGAAAGUAUGUGCACUGAACUUUGUGCCAUGUUGAGCUCACAGUUAAUACAAGUAGAGAGCUACAUACAUGAUACAUACAUGAUACAUCAUACCUGAGCAACACCAUGAUUUUAAUUUGUGUGCAUGUAUUAUAUAAUUUUGUUUCUGUCAGGAUCCUUCAACCUGAAGCACAAGUCUGCCACCA